CACCCUUUAGUCUGCUAAAAAAACACUCAAACCCUAAAAAAUCUCACUCUCAGUGAGAUAGAGAGUUUCAGAGCGAAAGAAAGAGAGAAAGAAAGUCAGAAAGUUUUUAGAUUUCUAGAGAGAGAGAGAGAUGGAUGCGAUAAGGAAGCAACUCGAUGUGUUAAUGGGAGCGAAUCGAAACGGCGACGUUCGUGAGGUGAAUCGCAAGUACUAUGAUCGUGACGUUUGUCGUCUCUAUCUCGUCGGACUUUGCCCUCACGAGCUCUUUCAGUUAACGAAAAUGGAUAUGGGUCCUUGCCCAAAGGUUCACUCAUUGCAGCUGAGAAAAGAAUAUGAAGAAGCAAAAGCAAAAGCGAUUGAUAACUAUGAGAGAGACCUGGAGGAUGUUAUAGAUAGGCUCAUUCUUGAGUGUGACAGGAAAAUUACUAGAGCUCUUAGACGCCUUGAAGCUGAAGAUGCAAAGGCUGCUAUUGCAAUUUCUGUCUCUGAGGUUACACAGACACCUGAGGUACUUGAGCUAUCUAAGCAGAUCAAGGAGAAGUUGAAAGAAGCUGAUCAAUAUGAUCUUGAAGGCAAAACAGAUCUUAAGAUUCGAGCUUUGGAGGUAGUAGAAGAACUGAGAACCAAAAGAGCAGACAAACAGUCCAUGCUUCUCCUGGAUGCCUUCAAUAAGGAUAGGGCAUCUUUACCUCAACCCCUGCCAAACCCACCACCUUUGGCUCCCUUGCCUGUAAUUACUCCUGAUCCUCGUACACAAGAAAUGAUAAAUGAAAAGUUGAAGAAGGCUGAGGAUCUUGGUGAGCAGGGUUUGGUUGAAGAGGCACAGAAGGCAUUGGAGGAGGCUGAAGCGCUUAAGAAGUUACCUGCCCGACAGGAGCCUGCUCUGGAUUCCUCCAAGUACACUGCUGCUGAUGUGCGGAUUACUGAUCAGAAGUUACGUGUUUGUGACAUUUGUGGAGCAUUUUUGAGUGUUUAUGACAGUGACCGCCGUUUAGCUGAUCAUUUUGGGGGGAAGCUUCAUUUAGGUUAUAUGCAGAUCCGCGAGAAGUUAGCAGAGCUUCAGGAAGAGAAAGAAAAGAGCCGAAAGGUUGAUCGGCAUGAUGACAGAAGAUCAAAAGAGCGAAGUAGGGACAGAGACAGGGAACCUAGCAGGGAUCAGGAACGUGGAGAUAGUCGUGAUCAGGGAAGGGAUUAUGAUCGUAGGAGCAGAGAUCGUGAUAGAUAUCAUGAUCGUGAACGUGGAUAUGAUCGGGAUCGUGACAGAGAUUCUGAUCGGUCCCGCAGUUAUGAUUCAAGAAGCCGCCGCAGGUCACGCUCACGGUCAAGGGAACGUUCCAGGGAUUAUGAUCGCCACAGGCGUUACGAUCGGUACUAGACGGUCCUCACUGUGGAGCAUGCGAUUGAAAAUGUGUCUGUCUAGGUCAGUGUUAAAACUCAUGUAGGGGAAAGAUAAUUUUUUGUGUUUCUCUCUAAAUUUUUAGGAGAGUUGAGCUGUUAAUUCUCCUGUGAUGGACAUAAUGACAUUAUGCUUAGGUUUUUUCAACUUUGUGUUUGAGAGGUAUGCUCAACACUUAUUUGACUUGAAUUGAAUUUCUACUCAUAUUUGGCUGUAAGUUAAGUAAAUACUGCUGCUGUAGUGAGAUAUGGUUUGUUGUGUUCACUUUUUUAAGUCGGUCAUUUUACUUGAAUAGUCAGGUGAAAUGUGAUGUGAAUCAUGUUGGGUACCAAUCCAUAUUAAAUAGCAACUCAGGACUAAGAUCUUUUUGGGACAAAUUGUCAAUAAAAAAAAUUUGAUUUCCUCGUUCA